AUGUCAUCGGACACAAAAUCAGAAGAAGUGGAUGAAUCGAUUUUGGAUGAACCAGUCGAAGGGGCGAAUCUAACUAUUGAUGAGGAUAUAGACGAGUCAAUACUUGAUCAUGAAAUGGAGAUUGACGAACCGUCAAAUGCCCCUUCGGAGAUGCAUUCAGACGCACAUUCCGAAGAAAGCACUCUUCACUCUACUGUUGAGAUCAAGGAGGAAACCUCAAACGACACCCAGCACACAGAUACGGAAGAAAAAUCGAAAACGAAUGGAGACUCUCCGGCGAAGAAAACACCAACGAAACGUGCCAGGCGUUCAAGAGCCAGACGAAACGAAACAGAUGAUGAAGUCGAUGAUGACGAAAAGGACGAGGAUAUUGAGAGCGACCAUAAAGCAAUGUUGAGCAGUGCUGAUCGUAAAAUCAAUGUUGGUGACGAUUUCCAAGCACGUGUAGACGAGUCUCAAAAGGACGAUAAUCUUCUCCCACAAUUAUCAGAAGAGGAAGAUGAAAGGGAGUAUGUCAUGUGGCGCCCACCUGGUGAUCUGGAUGAAACGAAGCUUAUGGAUUAUUGUGAAGAUGCGAUUGGUGUGUACAAGCUGACUUAUGAUAGAGCUUUAUAUAUACUACAGAAGUCUAAUUUCGACUUUGGUAUAGCAAGAGAAAAGGUGAAAAGACGUCGUCUUAUAACAGAGGAAUGGUGUGAAGAUGACCGUAUUCUGUUCAAACAAGCUUUUCAUAUGUUUGGAAAACGAUUUGAUAAGAUUCGUCAGACGAUGCCACAUCGUUCAAUGGCAUCAAUCAUUCAGUUCUAUUAUAAUACAAAGAAGGACACCGACUACAAGAGUUUGUUCGACAGCAGAAUGGCGGAUGAUUCCGAUGAUGAGGAGGGUUCUGAUGACGAACUUGACUAUGAAGACGGCCUGUGCGACAACUGCGGUGAGGAGUGUCAUACGUUGCAUCCAAUUGAUGAAGUUAAGCUCUGCUAUGUGUGCCGAAUGUAUUAUAAGUUAAUGCGCAAGCAUCGACCUUGUAACUACGCUUCAGCGAUAAAUGAAUUCCGACAGCGAAAGGUGCGCAAGUGCCCCGAAGAUAUGCAAGAUAUCGCAAAUGAGUUCGUUGAAAUGGCACAAUAUGCGGAAAUGAACGAGAGUGACAACGAUGGUGUCCAGGUUGUCCAGUCGCCUAAAACCAAAUGUCACGAGGAAACCAAGGUGGCAAUGCGAGAGUUAACAAAAGUCCGCUCAAGAGCUGUACGUCUUGAAUGUAGUCUCAAAGCACAACGAGCCGAAGGCCUCAUGAAUGGUCUAGAUUCGUUCAGAUAUCUCGUUUCUAAAGAAGACAGGAGGGAUGAAGAGGGUAGUUCUCGUCGAGAUCGUGUGAGAGGAAGUCAUACCUGGACCGAAGAGGAACGGAUCAUUGCUUUCCACUGCUUGCUUCGUUACGGGAGAGAUUUUGAAGCAGUCGCAGAAGUGCUAGGCACGAAAACUUCGGAUAAGGUGAAGAGUUUCUAUACAGAAAUGAAGGCCGAUAUUGAUAAGCUACUUGAAAAAGAAGCUGAAACAGAAGCGGAAAUGAUCGCAUCAUUUGAUGUGGAACAGGAGUUGAGUGUCGAGACGGCGAAGACAGUGGAGAUUAUGAGUAGCCAGCACUCUUCACCUGUGGAAUCUACUAGUUCAUCCAUCCCUGCGGGCGCUGAAGCAGUGAAGUAUAACAGUAGUCACCAUCAUCGUCCUGCUUCGUCCAGGAAACUGUUCGUAAAUCACCAUAACGGAAAUGGGCACAAUUCCGAGUCUAGUCAUGUUGUUGACGGGCUGGAGCCUGAAGAUGAUCUAUGGGAAGAAGAUGAAGACACUCAUGAGGAAAGAUUUGGAAAGAUGCCAACAAUCUCCAGCGAGAGACUGGCCAGUCACGUGGAUACCAUGUUUACAAAAUUAACAGAAGAUAUGGAACGUGCUGCCGCUGUUUAUGGCGAUGGUAGCUUUUUCGCAAGAAACUUUGAAACUUACGAUGCUGAAGUACAAGAACUUGGAAAACUAAGCGAGAAAGAGGCUCGUGCACAGUUGCAGCGAUAUGCUCUUCGAUGCCACGUUAACGAACGAGAGAAAGACCAACUACAUAAAAGAAAUCGAGAACUCAGUGAUGCGGUGGAAGUGCUGAGGAUACAUAUAAUGCGUACACAGGUCAACGUACUUGAUCAGGCACGCAGAAUUGCAAAGCAGGCAACAGAUGGUCUGAGUGAUUUACAACAGACAUCGUCAAAAGAGAUCACGAAGUUAAAACAGAAACACGCCCUUUCACUGGCACAGAGUAACACGUUACAAAAUCAAUUAAAACAAACAUCUGCUCAACUAGAGGCGAAGAAAGAGGAGCUCAAAGAAGCGAAUAAGCACUUGGAUAUGCUGCGAUUUGAACGGGAUUCUCUUCAGAAUCAUAGCGACCAACUUGAUCAAAAACUUGAACAAAAUGAUGCUCGAGUACAUGAUCUUCAAUCACGCUUGGACGCAAAAGAAGAUGCACUAGCUGUGGCAAGAGCAGAGAUAGCUACGCGGGAUCAAGAAAUUCGUGAGCUGAGAGAGAAGCUAAAACAUGUAGAGGAUGCAUCAGAGUUGCGAGUUCGGAGGAGGGAAAUGGAGAUCACCAAACAGAUGGAUCAUUACUUGGAGGAAACAAAGGCUGUGGAUGCAGAGAGAGAACGCCUGGCGAAAAUCAAAAUAAUGGAAUUGCAAAAACAACUAAAAUUGAUCGAUAGUCAAUUAGAAGAGGCAGAAAGACGUGCACUUGCGGCAGAAGAAAAGGUAGCCGACUAUGAAGAAAACCUCGUACAGUAUCGGGGUCAAAUGGAGGGAGAAGCGUUGCGUGCAAUAACGAAUGGGUACCGUAACGCGUUGUCAGCAAUUCCGUCCUCUAGAAGUGGUGCUGCGAUGGACCGAUUGUUCCCUAUGAGAUCGUCGAGCUAUGGAGAGAAUAUAGAGCCUCCGUUGGAUCCAUGUGUGAAACCAAAUAGCGCCAGAAAUUCUCGAGGCAAGAUACCAUCGAGAUCCGAUAUUGUAUCGUCUCGAGCGGAUGCAUCUCGUCAUCGGCGGAAAAAGUGA